UUAAACUUGAACUUUCAAACCGUUAACUUGUGAUGUUGUGAAAACAACGAAAGUAAAAUAAUUAUAAAUACUUUUGCUCUGUGUAGGAAUUAUUGUAAAAAUAAACGAAAAUGAUGCCCAACAGAUAUGUGUCUGGCCAUUCUACGGCUAUACGCAAAUCGAGACUGGAUAACAAGCCUUCGCUACUACCAGUGCGACGCCAGGGCUCCACAGAUCGCACCUCAACAGAAGCCCGACGGCCUUCUACAACCAGCAUGCGUUCCAGUAGUGCAGAGCCUGCUAGGGUCACUUAUGCUGGAGCACGCUUGAGUAAAGAUGCUUCAGCUACAAAAUUGUCCACAAAUGGGAGGUCUCGAUCACAGACGGGUGAGCACAGAUACUUGCAGGCCACCACCACUCCCCUGCGAAGCAGCCAGUACUCCAGACCUACCACUACACCAUUGAGGACUCCAGAGGACAGAAGCAGUCGCAGCUGGGAGACCAGCCUCGAGAGGGUGUUAGCAUUUGUCACCGUAAAGGAUCAAAGGCAGAUAUCGAGCGUGGCGUGGCAGCGCGCGGAGUACUCCCGCGUGUGCGCCCAGCUGGGGGCGCGCGGCGGGGCGGGCGCGGCGCUGGUGCGACCACUCACCAUCGCCCGCUUCGUGGACAUCGUGGCGGAGCUGCUGGCCGCCAUCAUCGGUGACGCCAAGCUGUCUACCGACAACUACGUCACGAAGUUGCCGCACCUGUCUAAAAAGCUCCUGUACCCCAGCCCCGUGUCCAAGUCGUGGCUGAAGACUGUCAACACACUCCACGCGUUCCCGCAGGCGCUGGCUCUCAUCGGUUACCUCCUGGACUUGGCUACACAUUGCCAAAUGCCUGUGUCCGAUGAAUGGCUGUACGUCUGCAAGGACGAGUUGUCUUGCCUGAGGCGAGACUACCUCAGCAAGUGCUGGAUACGAUUCCAAGAGCCAGCGGGCGCUGAGCACGAGGAUCUUAACGAAGAGUACCUGAGCAGUUUGAAGGCGCUAAUGGGCGACGAUGACGAGAUGAUACAUCAGCUGGAACAGGAUAUAAAAGAGUACGAGCGUCGCUUGGAAGAUGAGGAGGAGCUGGCGGCGCGCGCGGACGAGGCGCGGCGCGCGGAGAGGCGCGAGGCGCUCGCGGCCGCCGUGCGCAGCGAGCGAGGCGCGAGGCGGGCCGCGGCCGCCGCCAUCGCGGCGCAGCGGGCCGCGAGGCACGACCACAGCGAGGCGGUCCGCCUGUUGGACGCGGAGAUGGAUCGCGCCAGCGCGGAGAUCGAGCAGCUACGGGCAGAACUAGAACAGCAACCAUUGUCCGUGGAGGAACGUACCAGGUUGCUGGACGAAGUGGACUACGCCACCAGGGUGCAUGACUCCAAGCGAGCGUUGGCCGAUCAGAUCUCCAAGAUGUUACUAAGCAAAGAGACUGAGCUAGCGCAGUGGCAAAAGCGGACCCUCGACAGCUGCGUGGAGUACAAGCAGGGCCUCAUUCACAUCUCCGCUCAGCUACCCGCGCUUGCGAGUCUCGCCAUCGAAGAGAAAGAGCUGAUGGGUGCGGAGUGCGCAGCGUAUAUGGCCACAGCGGUCGAGGCGCUGCGAGAAGAGGGCGCGCGACUCUCCGGCCGGAAGGCAGAGCUUUUGCGCACCCGGAGUGCGCUGUGCAGGAAGCGAGCCGUACUGCUGGAAGAAACGCGCUCCAAAAUAGCGGAUGUGAAAUCGAAUAUGCAACGCGAGCAACAAUCCAUGCAAGCGGAGUUAGCCAAGGAGUCUUCAGAAGCAGCCGCCUGGAGCAAAGAACAGCUGGAGAUCAGCACUCGCCUGGAACAGCUGCGAGCCAACCAGGAGGAGUACGCCAAGGUCGAUGCUGAGCUACGUUUCUGGGAGAAGCAGGACUCCGCAUGGCGCGCCAAACUGGCGGAACUGCGCGCGUAUAUCGACGCCCAACGACUAAACGCACAGCAAAGGACGGACGCGGUGCGUGCGCGGCGCCUUGCCAGCGUGCGAGACGUACUGGCUCUGUGGCACGCGAAGCUCAGCCGCUGACGGCCAACCCCACGUCGCGCUUGCCAUUUACGUUCUUCCAAAAGCCUUUGUAUAUUUAUUAUAUGGGAAAGUGACGUUUGACAGCAGUGAUCUUGAAAACUACACCCUGCCGGAACGCCAAACAGCUGAGCGGCACGACUUUGUAGCCGGUAGUAACCAGCCACGGCCAAAACCUCUCACCAGACCUCUUAUAUAAAAUACUGUACAUAACUUGGUUUGUAAUUAAUGAUAAGUUUAUAGUAUUGAGUGUUGAUUAAAUAGUUUCGUUUUGUAUAUGCAA